AGAGUCCAUCGAGUCUCCAUGUAAAUUAACCCAGCCAAAAGCCUAGCUGAUCCUCACACUGACACACCCCACAUUCAGUAUCCACCCAAAACAGAGAAGAGAAGAGUUUCCGGCCAUGGCGCUCCCUCUUAUUCUAACACUUGUAUUUAUUUCCUUCCUUUUGUCUCCAGGAUACUCUGAUCACAUUCCCCCCAACGUAAAGUUGUGGUGCAGCCAAACACCUUACCCCCAACCUUGUGAUUUCUAUAUGAGUCACAACCCUCGUUCUUCCGGACUAAAACGUCAUUCCGACUUCAAUAGAUUGUCAAUGCAGAUUGCUUUGGAUCGAGCCCUUCGGGCAGAAAACAACAAUAUGAUGCUUGGGCCCAAGUGCCGGAAUCACCAGGAGAAGGCCGCAUGGGUCGAUUGUCUUGAGCUCUACGAGAACACCAUCAUUCGACUGAACCGCACUGUCAACCCCAGUGCCAGUUGCACUGAUGUUGAUUUCCAAACAUGGCUUAGCACCGCCCUCACCAACCUUGAGACGUGCCGCAAUGGUUUCAUGGAGCUUGGUGUCACAGACUACGUCUUGCCUCUUAUGUCCAACAAUGUAUCCAAGUUAAUUAGCAAUAGCCUUGCAAUUAACAAACCUCCACCUAGUCCACAAGCAUAUACAGAAGGGUUCCCUAGCUGGGUGAAACCCGGGGACCGAAAGCUCUUGCAGACGUCUUCUCCGACGUCGCAGGCAAACCUUGUGGUGGCGCAAGAUGGGUCGGGCAACUUUAAGACAGUUAACGAGGCAAUUAGUGCUGCGUCAAAGCAAAAGAGGAGCGGCAGAUUUGUGAUUUAUGUCAAGGCGGGGACCUACAAGGAGAACCUGCAGAUAGGAAACAAGCUCAACAAUAUUAUGCUUAUUGGCGAUGGCAUAGGAAAGACUGUAAUCACCGGAAGCAAGAGCGUCGGAGGAGGCUCCACCACCUUCAACUCUGCUACCGUUGCUGUGCUGGGGGAUGGAUUCAUUGCCCGUGACAUCACAUUCCGGAACAGUGCUGGACCAGCAAACGGCCAAGCGGUGGCGCUCCGCUCGGGGUCUGAUCUCUCCGUUUUCUACCGAUGCGGUUUCGAAGGAUAUCAAGACACUCUCUAUGUCCACUCUAACAGACAAUUUUACAGAGAAUGCGAUAUAUAUGGUACCGUUGAUUUCAUAUUUGGGAAUGCAGCUGUUGUCUUCCAGAACUGUAACAUGUUUGCUAGGAAGCCCAAGAACAGCAUCGUUACUGUGACAGCCCAAGGUCGGAGUGAUCCCAACCAGAACACAGGAAUCGUGAUACACAACUCUAGAAUAACAGCCGCUUCGGACCUAAAGCCAGUUCAGAGCUCCGUCAAGACAUACCUUGGAAGGCCAUGGAGGCAAUAUUCUCGAACCGUCGUCCUCAAGACGUUCCUCGAUAGCUUGAUUCAGCCGGCCGGUUGGUUGCCGUGGAGUGGAAGCUUUGCUCUCAGUACAUUGUACUAUGGAGAAUAUCAGAACACAGGGCCCGGUUCGUCGACGGCGAACCGAGUGAAAUGGGGUGGCUAUCAUGUCAUCACCAGUGUAACCGAAGCAUCCAAGUUCACCGUAGGAAGCUUCAUCGUUGGCGGUGCAUGGCUACCAGCCACCAACGUUCCUUUCACUUCCGGCCUUUGAAUUGCUCUAACGUAGCGUGGAAAUUCAGCCAAUUACAAUAAGUGAGAAGUCUCACCACAGAAGCAAUUAGAAAAGAACUUCUGCGGCCUAUUUUCAUGGUGCGUCGAGUAGUAUUGACCUGUAACAUAAAUAAAAUUCUCUCCGAAAGAGAAAUUUCAUUCUUUAUGAAUUAUUAAUGUAACUUACAACAGAUUUCAAAUAAUGCUUAGUAUUAUAAUUAUAUUUUUAUA